UUCGUGCAGUACCCCAGUCUCUCCUGCAGGGUGUAGCCUGCACACGACACGUCUGUGAUGGAACGCACGCACACUCAGUCAGCCGUCUCAGACGCACACAGACCACAUCAUGGGUCCCUCUGCGGCCGCAGUCCGGACCAGCCGGCUCGCCGCGCUCUGCGCUCGGACUCUGCCGAGUUCCAAGCUCCACCACGGGGUGAGGACCAGCAGAGACCUGAACGUUCAGGCGGCCACCGAGGCGCAGAAGCUGAGGAGCAUUGAUGAUCUGCCCGGGCCCACUUUGACCACCACUUUGUACUGGCUGUUCGCCAAAGGAUACGCGGACAAGAGCCACUUACUGCAGGGCCUGCAGAAGAGUCUCUACGGGCCCAUCUGGCGCUCCAAGUUCGGCCCGUUCGACCUCGUCAAUGUGGCGUCUCCGGAGUUCAUAGCUCAGGUAAUCCAACAGGAGGGCCGCUACCCGGUGCGAGCCGAGCUGCCUCACUGGAAGGAGUACCGAGUGCUGAGAGGACAGGCCUACGGUCUGCAUGUGGACACGGGACCCGAGUGGCACAGAAUGCGCAGUGCCCUCAACCCCAAGAUGAUGAAGCUGCAGGAGGUGUCGGUCUUCGCCCCCGUCAUCAACCAGGUGGUCGGAGACCUGCUGCGCCGCAUCGAGCUCCUCCGAAGUCGCAGUCGGGACGGGGCCACCGUUUCAGAUAUGGCCGCCGAGCUGUACAAGUUCGGCUUUGAAGGUAUCUGCUCCAUCCUGUUUGAGACCAGGCUGGGCUGCCUGCUGGAGGAGAUCCCCAAAGACACGCUGCGCUUCAUCACCGGCGUCAACAACAUGCUGACGCUGUCCGAGACCGUGGUCCUCCUCCCCCACUGGAGCCGCGGCGUCCUCCCCUUCUGGAAACGCUUCGUCCAGGCCUGGGACGACCUCUACGACGUAGCCCGGACCCUCAUCGACAGGAGAGUUGCCGAAAUCGAAGCUCAGGUGUGCAGCGGCGAGCCGGUGGAGGGCAUGUACCUGACCUACCUGCUGUCCUCCGGCAAGCUGAGCAGAGCCGAGCUCUACAUCUGCAUCACCGAGAUGCUGCUGGGGGGAGUGGACACGACCUCCAACACGUUGUCGUGGGCGCUGUACCAUCUGGCGAGGGACCGCAGGGCUCAGGAUCGACUGUACGGCGAGGUGAAGUCGGUGUGUCCGGAUCGAUGGCAGCCGACCGCAGACAGCCUGACCAGCAUGCCGUACCUGAAGGCCGUCAUAAAGGAGACGUUACGCCUCUAUCCUGUGGUGCCCGGCAACGGACGCUUUAUCCCCGAGAAUGAGGUGGUCGUGGGAAACUACUGGUUCCCAAAGAAGACUCAGUUCCAUCUGUGUCACUACGCAGCCUGUCAUGAUGAGGAGCAGUUCACGGACGCCGAGCUCUUCGUCCCGGAGCGAUGGCUUCGAGCGGGGGUGCCAGGCAGCGGCUACUACCAGCACCACCCCUACAGCUUCAUCCCCUUCGGCGUGGGCGUGCGGGGCUGCGUGGGGAAGAGGGUGGCUGAGAUGGAGAUGUACUUCGCUCUGUCCAGGUUAAUGCAGCACUAUGAGGUCCAGCUUGAAGACGCCGCAGCGGUCGUGGAGCCCAAAACUCGAACUCUGCUCAUCCCCUCAAAGCCCAUCAACCUGCGCUUCCUGCCCCGAGCCUGAGGAGGGCGCCGGCGAGGCUCAGGUGUCCAGUCGGGACACGUUUGGGUUUGCGACGCUCAGCAGAAUGAUUCACGUCCCGCAGCUCGGGAGUCGGGACACGAGCGAGUCACAAAGACCUUCCUCAUGCUCACUCUGCUUUUUUAAAUUAUAUGUGCUGUUUAUGGCGAUGUGGCUGACCAAUCGCAGCCCAGCCUGAUGAGUAUUUUGUCUAAUCAUGUGCUCCUGCAGCACAUUCAUGUACAUUAAGGAGGGACGACAUUAAAGGUCCUCACUCUUUUAAUGGAGACUUGAACUGAACGCCCAGACUUUGCCUUCUGCAUGAUGACAAAUAAAGUCCCGUCAUGUCUUUGACAAGCCUAA